GAGACACUCAACUCGCCAACUCAACUCUCUUGAAAAUGUGAAAAAGCAUCAUUUAAUAUGAGCACAGUGCUCCUUAAUGAUGCACCCCAGCCAGCUGUGUCUCCUUCAAGCAUGCAGACAUCCAGGCCCUUACCGCCUCACUCAGACCCUAUUACUUCUAAACGGGUGUGCUUUUACAAGAGCGGGGACCCCCAGUUCACCGGACACCGAAUGGUCAUCAACCGCCGCACUUUUAAAACCUUUGAUGCCCUUCUAGAUGCCCUCUCCAAGAAAGUGCCCUUGUCAUUUGGGGUAAGAACCAUCACGACUCCCAAAGGAACACAUGCUGUCCACAACCUCGAUGAGCUGCAGGAUGGGGCCUCUUAUCUGUGCUCAGACCAUAAGAAAGUCAAGCCUUUUAACCUGGACAGGGUCCAUAAAACACAGGUCCCUUGGAACACCACCCGGCCCAUUAGUGCAGGACGUCAAGCACGAAGAGCACGGGUCCGGCAGCUGGUGAAGAGAAGCGAUGGGACCACAAGGACCGUAAAGAUGACUGAAAACAGCGCGGUAGUCCGGACACCAAAAAGGCUGACGGUUUAUAAAAACAAUAGUCCGAGCAUUAAACGCAUAAUUGUUCUUCAGAGGAGAACGGCACCAAAUUUCGAAGCCCUUUUGGAUUAUCUUUCAAAAGUGAUGCAGUUUCCUGUUCUGAAGCUUUACACUGAAGAUGGCAGAAAAGUUGAUGGAUUUCCCACCCUCAUUUUGUGCUCUGGGAUUGUUGUGGCAGCUGGUAAUGAACCCUUUAGAAUGGGAAACUACAAUCUCCAAGGUCCCACUAAAGCAUUACAGUCAAACAUAUCUGAGCCCGUGGGUCAAACACAAAGAGAGAAACUUUUAGAAAAAAAUAAGCCAGCGGGACCUAUUACAAGAUCAAGGAAUUUCUCUUUAUCCUCAGAGCGGUACCUUGUGGAGCAGAUCAAUAAGUCACUAAACAGAAGUCUGUCAGAGCACGAUUGGGAAAAGACAGAAUCAAUGGAGACUGAAGCCAGUGAGCCAAUAGGAUCAGAAGACAACUGUGACUGCAUGGCUGGUGUCGAGCAGCGAAGUCACCCCAUCAUGCCUACCGAAGACGACAUUGAAAAAUCAUUCAGAGUCAAUGAGGAUGGCAGUAUGACAGUGGAGAUGAAGGUUCAUCUUACUAUAAAACAAGAAGAAAUGGUCCACUGGACAACAACGCUAAGCCGCGCUUCCAUCAAUAGCCAGCAGAGGGCAGUGGUCACUUCUAAGCAGGGAUCAGGCGUGAACUCAUUAGAUGUCAACAGUAAGUCAAAUGGACCUCACAGCCUAGAAUGUAAGGAAAUGAACACACUCACGAACAAAUCCAUACAAUUCAUUGAGAAGAAACGAGAAUAUUGCAACGCUGUAUCUCAGACUUCUGAAAAGCUUAAGCCCAUCUACAAAAGGCUGCCCACUCCAGGCCACAGACGACAGAGGAAAAAGACAUCAGUUUCAGAGACCGAAGUCCAGGAAAGUGCAGUGGGUGCGUAUUCGUACAUGGAGCGCACGGCGCAUGGGGAACUGACCGAAGGUUACUGUCUGGUCAGUCGCAGCAGUAGCAGCAGCGCGAGGACUUUAUCAAUAUCCGGUAAGAGUGAGUCAGGAGAGAUUAAGCAGAAGUCGUCUCAUUCCUUCAGAUCCUCAGGAGCGGCUGAGAUUCUUCAGCUGCAAAAUAACGGGACUACGGGAAUAACAGAGACAGUGCUGCAUGUAUACGAAUCACAGGGCAUGCGUGACAAUUAUGAUGCAAAUACAAAUGUGGAAAAUAAACCAAAAUACUGUAGCAAAGCUUUGCCUCGCAGCAGGGGAGGCUCGACAGACUCGGGACCCCUGUCGUCGUGUAAUGACUGCGAUGUGGAUCUCACUAGGCAGUCUACAAGCUCCGACUCUGGAGGCGGUGGAAAAAAUGACAUGCUGUCAUUGUCAUCUGCUUCUUCAACACCUCUGAAAAUGAGAUGCAAUGAUUUGCCCAUCCUUAUUGACAACGAACAGCCGGCUUUAGGAGAGAACAGGUCUGAAUCCACAGAAAAAAAAAUGUUGCAGCCACACGUUACAGUGGAAGCUGAUGAUAAGCGGAUUAAUGAUUAUAAAACAACAAAUAUAUUUAUACAAUCCAAAAAAAGUUCUUCUUCGGAAUCAUCUGGACUUGGGAAAAGAAAAAAAGCCAGUAUUGCAGGCUCUUCAAAAGGGCUUGAAAUGAAAAAUACGGACACACCGAGCCACACAGGAUCAGAGAAAAAUACUCAUAGUGCAGCAAAAAGUGGAAGAGCUAAAUCCACAAAGACUUUCAAAGGUUCCCUGAAAAGUACUAACUUGAAUCUCAACAGAAGGUCAGAAAAAGAACUGAGGAUGAAAGACAAAACAAUCAAAGUACACACCUCCCUAAAGCCCACAAGUAUCUUAGACAACAGAUCACCAUCACAUCCAACAUCCAAGAGAAAAACGUUGCCAAAGCAGAGGUCAAUGAAUGGCGACAAAUCAAAAACCUCCCAACAAAAUCAAAAGCUGAGUGAGAGUUUGUCAUUGCCCGUGCUACAGUCUUCUCCCUCCCAUGUGAAUCAAUAUGUUGAAAAUUGGCUCCAAAACAUUCAGCCCAACUCGCCCUAUGAUGAUGACACAGACCAUCUUGAGAGCGCACCGAGAGUGGUAUUCCAGAUAGCUGGCGGAUCUGCAGAUGGCCCUGAGAUUAAAAGUGAACCUGAAAAAGAUAGUGUAGUGGAUGAAGGGCCUUCACUUGAGGAUAAUGCCGUUGAGUGGCCCGUUGCUCACCUGCCUGUACAAAUAACAUGUGAGGGAGAGCCACUCGAGGCACAAAGAGUGAGAGGCUUUUGUAAAUCGAUGCCAAGCGUGAGGUUGCUUCCUGCCGACCAGGACGAAGUUGCGAGAAUGCACAAGUCGUCUGAGAAUUUAGCGCCCCCCGAUUGUUGUAAUGGGGGUGGGACUUCGCAAAUCACAGAUGUUGGCAUAAAACCGGUUUUGAAACAGUUAUGUUUGUCAAUUCAGUCCAUCAGACGGGCUUCGAGUCAGACUCUCUUAGCACCCACAUUAAAGGAAAAGUCCAGCAGCCUUCCGGAUUUCUCAUCUCAGGUGGCUUCUGCUUUUGGAUCUCCAUCAAGAGCUUUUUUGUCAUUUUUGUCUUUGAUGACUCUGAGAGAUGGCACAUCCAUCCUUGGCAAUAGCGAAUUACUCGCCAAGCCAGAGGCCCUGCACGUAAUGCAGUCUUUGGAAAAAAUAUCCAAUAUUAAAGAUGAGGAUGAGCUUAAGGCCAGCUUGACAAGUCUUCAAAGUUCAACCUCCUCACAUUUAAAACAAAGCUGGAGAGAUUUCCAAGAGAGAAAUGUGUUUGGAGAGAGUCCACCACUGUCGCCGAGACAAUCGGAGCAAGAGUUUGCUUUAGAUGUGGACUUGGGGGAAGGGGAGUGGGAACGGGAUGAAGAGCGUGGUUUUGGGAUAGAGCAGUUAAUGGACGAACUGAACGUGACUGGGGAUCUUCGCCGAGAGAUUUCCUCUCUUGUUGAAGGAGAACUGAAAAGUGGAACAAAUUUCGAUAAUGCCAGUGAAAUCACGGGUAAGGAAGAUGGAAAUGAUGAUGGCUCAGUGAAUGGUAGUUUAGAGAAAGCUGCUGAUAUGGAAGAGGAAAACAACUAUGAUGAGAAUAUUGACUUAUUGUCCAAAGAUGAGAUUACUAAUGAUCCAAAAGAACAAAAAACUGACUUAGAAACUGUUAAGCAGGACUUAGGUAAUGAAGAUUCUGGUAUAGCAGUGCCCUAUCAAACACCUGAGGAAAACUGCAGUGAUUCAAGUAAAGCCGAGGUUUCAGAAAAUGCUCAUAACAAUCAAAUGAACACUAAGGCUAUAAUAGAAAAUGGCCCUGACAAAAGCGAUGCAGAACACGACCCUUUGCAACCAACUUCGCAACAUAAUCUAACAGAUAAAACUGGGGAAGACCUUUCUCAGUUAUCUGAUGACCAAAACAAUGUGUAUUGCAGAGAGCAGAUUAUAACAGCAGAUAAUGUAAAGGAUGGAGACACCAGUGAACAUGAAGAAGCCACAUUUGAGAAAAUGAGAGAACUUAUUGAACAUUUAGAUAUCUCAGACAAUACAGAUGCCACAUCAGAACAAAAAGUAACAGAUUUUGUUGAAGAUAAACAGUCAGAGUUCUCCGAUGACCAAGACAAUGUGUCUGAAGGAGAGAACAACCCGACAAGAGACAUUAUAGAAGAAGAACAGGACACCAUUCAAAAUAUCAGGAAAUUUAAUGAACAUUCAGAUGUUUUAAGAAGCGAAGUCCUAUGUUUAGCAUCUCACCGUGUGGAGUUUGUAGACAAAAAGAUAACUGAACAAAAUGAGGGCAAUGAAUCUGAUCAGUUCAGUACAGCUAAAAUGCAAGACCAAGACUGUAUCAAAGAUGAAACGGAUACUUCUGAAAGUGGCGAUGAAGAAAAUGGUGGUGAUGAAGAAGUUAGUGAUGAUGAAGAAAUUAGUGGCGAUGAAGAAAAAAGUGGCGAUGAAGAAAAAAGUGGAGAUGAAGAAAAUAGUGGCGAUGAAGAAGUUAGUGGCGAUGAAGAAAAUAGUGGUAAUGAAACAGAGGGGCAUGAACGAGAAAAUAAGUUUGUUUUAACCGAAUGUGAGAUUGAGUCUAAAGAGUCUUUAACACAUCAUUGUGACACCCAGAGUAACCACAGAGUGGAUGAAUUUGAAUCAGGAAGCCAAGAAGAUGAUGAGGUGUUGUAUGGAGAUGUUGAAGAUGUGAAGACAUAUCAGCAGAAAGAUUCUUUGCCAGAAAUAUCCGAACAUGAGGAUCCCGACCAUAAUAACGCUAGCCCUGAGCAUUGUAGUAUUGAUGAGAAUAGUUUGACUUCUGAAUCAAGAUUUAAAACUGAAUAUGAUGAAACACAAGAAAUCAAUAAGAGUCUACACGAGAAGGACAGUGAUGAGGCAAAUCAUCAGAUCUCUCAAUUGGUAGACCCAGAUGUUGAACCAAGUAUCUCAGAUCCUGAAAAUGUAACAGCAAAAACAUCAAGGUCAAGCACAGGUGAGGUCCAAAUGUUAGAAGAAACCAAAAAGAAUAAGCAUAGUCCUCAAAAUGAUGAAUAUGCUAUUUCACAACACUUGGAUGAUAAUGACUUUGUGGAACUGGAGUCAUGCAGUAGUAUAAAGAAAAAUUCAAGUGAACCUAACUUAGAGCAGGAUGAAAAUGUGGGCGUGGUACAUGGUGAUCAUUAUUUGUUACACCCAAUCUCACAAGAGCUGUUAGACUUAAUCAAUUCAGCUUUGUUGUCAUCUACCCUUACUGUCACACACGAUUCAAAUGGUAACCUCCGAAUAGAGCCAGGAAAAUGUACAAUGAUGAGUGAGAUGUUCAGGGCUCAACAUGGUCAGAAACACCUACCAAGCCCUCAUACAUCCGAUCUGUCUGACUAUAGACCUGAGACAUCAGACAAUGAUGGAUACCAGUCACAGGCCUCUAUGGAGAUUUUAAGCGAGAGCGAAGGAGAAGAGGAAAAAAGGUUACGUAUCUUCAGAGAAAUCUUAAAACAAACCAUGGAGAACCCGCGCGGUAGUAAACAUGUAAAGGAGAAAACCUCCACGAUUUCAUCUAGAAGUUCAACAAUGAAACAAACUCCCAGUUCGAAUGGCAAUAACAGUCCAUCCUCUUUUCAAGACCCUAAAAGUGUUUUACAGGAGCCACCAUGCUACAGCAAACCAAGUCCACUCAAUGGUAACUUAAAUGGAGAGGUUGACUCUGAAGAUGGAGUGUUGAUAGAUAAAGGCAGGUGGCUCUUGAAGGAAAAUCAUCUCAUUCGUAAAUCUCCUCCGGUGUCCAUGGGAAUGUAUGGAAACGGGGACACCACCUCACCCGACACAGGUCAGGACAACACAAGUGAAGGUGCACCCUACCCGUAUUAUGACAACCAAAACUCACCUCUAGCUGUGAUAUCCUCCUCUGAGCUAGAAGAUCUGGCUAGACCUUCUACACCAAAGUGUACAUACUUCAAUAUGCCACACAGCAGUGGCUCUGAUCCUCUCUUAGAUGCCCAGAGCAUGAAUGGCAGUAGAGGGAAUACAAGAAGAAACAAGGAGCUUAAGGUAUCACCCAUGGGAGAGUUUUCCAAAAUGUCAGCGAAAAAAAAUGGAAGUCUCUCGUCAUUCGCCUCUGUUGAGUUCAAACUGCCUGAUGGCAAAGUUCAUCCGCAGGAUGGGUCAAUAUCUGGUGCUGUGAAAACUAACAGGUCUCAAAGUAUAGACAGUAGAACGAUAGAAGAAGAGUCAAGGGUGGGGUUAAAUCUCAGGUGUGGGCAACACUGCCCAAUAUUGUAGUUAUAAAGGUUAAAUGUAGCAGCUAAACAAUAGUAGAUAUUGUAAAAAAUAGUCGAACCAUGUACCUCAGCUGUCAUUGGGGCUGUACCCUUUUAAAAAGUACACCUUUGCACCUAAAUAGUUCAUAUUUGUACCUCAGAUACCUAUCUGUACCUAUAUUAGGAUCUUUUUAGAGGGUACUGCCCCAGUGACGGCUAAAUAUAUAUUUGACCUUUUUUCUAACAGAUUUUAUUUAUAGUUGCCUUUUAAUGCUUUAUAUAGCACAUACUGUAUAAUAAAUAGAGACAUGCUUGUUUAUAAUUGCAAAGAUAAGAGUUUAUUAUCUUCACUUUGGUGCCUGCUUCAGAACAGUGUACUGAGAUUAGAGUCUUUAUAUAUAAUUAAAAAAUAUUGAAAGAUGUAUCAUUGCAGAGAGACUAAAUUGCACAAAGUUACUUGAUUUACUUGAACUUCCUAAGUGGUAUUUGUCGUGUAAAAAAAUGCUGACUAACCUUCUAAUGUUUAUCGCUGCAUUUGAAACAGCUUCUUAUCCUGGCUUCAAAAUACAGCUUGUAUAGAUUACACUGGCUCAAAAUUAACAUCCGGUCUGUACUUCGUUAUCAGUCAGGCUAGUGGCCUAACUGAUCUCUAGAACAAAUAUCUUGUCAAAAAUAAAAAUGUUUAGAUAUCCUAAAGACGACGGAAAUGGCGAGCAUUGAUCACCACUGUGUGAUGACGUUUGGCAGCCAGGCAAGAAUUCAAGGAUCUAUAUGAAUUAGCUAAAUUGCUACGCAUGUAGCUAACAACGUAUACAAUAAUUUUACACAUAGCUCAUUGUAGUAGUUGAUAUGCUUUAUGUAUGAUUUAAAGGUAAUUUACUUAUUUAUUUAGCUUGUUAUCAUAAAUAAACGUCUCUAGAGCGACUUAUUGAUUUUUUGCGGCAGUCCACCGGAAGUUAAGUUUGGGCCACAAAAGCCGUUUGCUUAUGUUGUUGCUGUUAAAACCAUCUAUAUGCACUGUUACACUGAAACUCCUAAAUUCAAACACUGUAAAAAAAAAUGCAGCAUGAAGUUAAAACAACUUGGUUUUGCAAGUCAAGUUUUGGCUUUUGAAAAGUUGACAUAACUUAAAAAAUCAAGUUGAACUAAUUUUUGUUAAUUAAAGUAACAUAAAAAUAUAUGUUGAUUUGACAAAAAUGCUGCAUAUAUUUUACAGUGUACAAAGAGAGUUAAUUAUUUUAAAGGUGUUGUCUGGUAAAUAAAGAAUUUCACUUGUUUACUCUUUUUUUAAGUAGGGGAGAGCAGGGUAAGUUGUCACACUUUUCACACUGUCUACCAUUUAGUGAGCACCAUACAUCACCAUGGCAUAAAUCUCAAACCAAAUGAAA